CAGCUGAAGAGUCUCACCCACGUUGCUUCUCUUCUCCUCCCCGGCCGCGCAACCAUCUAGCUCGCCGCUUCUUCACUUCCCACACUGUUUCAUUCUUCUCUUCUUUCUGUUCUUUCUCCAGGUGAGUUUUCAACUUCAUUUCUCUUCUCUGCGUACUAGGGCUGCCUAAAAUUUUCCAUGGCUGCUUAACCUGAAGGCCCUUGCUGUUGCUGGGGAAAUGGCCGUGGAAGAUCAGAAGACCAAUGCUGACAAAUUCACAUGGAGGAUCGAGAAUUUCUCGAAGCUCAAAGCAACUAAGCUCUGCUCUGAAACGUUCCUAGCUGGGGGUCGCAAAUGGUCGAUUAGCAUUUACCCUAAAGGAAAUGGCACCAUUUAUCUCCCUGUAUAUUUGCACUCAAUUGAACUUGAAACAAUGCCGGAUGGGAAGAAUGUGGAUGCCGACUUCACCCUGACUUUAGUAAACCAAAUCAAUGCUGCCUCGUCGCUCCGAAAGUGUGGCAAGAAGAAACCUUUCCCACUAGGUGGCAGAGGCUGGGGAUUCCCAUCUUUCGUUAUGCUCAGCAAACUUCUCAAUCCUGAUGAAGGAUUCAUUGUGAAUGAUACUGUGACGAUUGAAGUUCGAGUUUCUAUGGAACAAUUCACUGAUCAGUCUGAUAGUGCCAGCAGAGAAGCAAUGAACCCGGAACAGAGAAGCGCGGCUGAUGACCAAUCAGCAGCUGUUGUUUUGAAUUCAGCAACUGAAGGGCCUGCUACUCCAUUGUCGAAUCAGGUUGCUAGUCCUGCUAGCCUUGCUGAAACUACCGAGAGCUCGCACUCAUCACGAAGUGUGCGACUAACUUCAAGAAGCCUUGGAGCAGAAAUUUCACGACUGAAUAGCAACAUGAAGUCCUCUGGCACAGAUAGUACUUCUAGCUUACUGCAGCAGCAAAGGGAAGCAAUGGUUGAAUUCUUGAGCAUGUCACUGGAGGCCAUCUACCAUGCGGAUUCAUUCGGAGACGUUGAAGAAGUUGCCCUGCAGUUGGCUGAUCACCCAACUGCUGCAGUUGACAAGACGCAUCUGAAGGGGUUAUUGACAGAGCUCAAAAAGGGUGUCUCUGGAUCUAUGUCCGUUAUUGAAACCUCCCAUGCCGUCGAAGCUUCUUUGCUGCAGAUGAGCGAGGGAAUGGAGGCGAGGCUUGUUCACAGGCAGAAGCAGCUGAGCUGCUUGGAGGGCGAAGUUAUGAGACUUGGGCAGGAGGAAAAGAAGCUGGAGGCUGAAAUGUGGGAGAUCAUUGCUCGCAAGGCCAGAGUUAGUGAUCAAAAGAAGUUGACAGCUGAUGAACUGGAGAGCACGAGCCAGGAAGCCUCAAGGGAAUUGGAAGAAGUGAAGGAGCAAAGCAACAAGCGGAAGCGGGCUUCUGAGAACAGGUUGAUUGCCCAGGAGAAUCUUGCUCAGUUGAACGCGAGUUGGAAGCUUUUGAAGGACACAUUGGGGUUGUAAAUGAGGGAGAGACAUGGUCGGUUGGGAAAUUUUUUACAGGAUAGCGGGAUAGGUAUGCAGAAGUUGGUAAGAUUAUCAGUUUAAGGUGGUCGUGAAUUUUGGAAAUGCUUGAUGGUAAACCGAUUAACUUAUAGUUUGCUAAUGAAAAUAUCAAAAAUUUAUUUACCGA